CGGGAGGAGGCGGGCCGGGAGGGCGGGAGCGGCGGGCGCGGCCAUUCUGCUGGGAUGUGCGCGGUGCCAUCGGUAGACAACAUUCUUUGGAUUAUAAAGCCUUCCAGGUGCAAUGGCAGAUCCCAUCCGCUGGGCCCGAUACCGUUGGCAGCGACUGAUAUCAGCAGAGGGCAGGGAAAGCAGCAGCAGCAGCAAUUCAAGUAGCAAGUGCCAUCAAUCAUCAAAAACUACUGGCAAACAUAGGAUAGUGAUACCCUGUUUGGGACAUUUUAAAGAAGAGUAUGAAAAAGUAUCAAAACUAUACAUGAACAACAAAAUACGGACUACUAAGUAUACUUUACUGAAUUUUUUACCACGGAAUUUAUUUGAACAAUUUCACAGAGUUGCCAAUUUGUAUUUCCUAUUUCUAGUUGUCCUAAAUUGGGUUCCUCUGGUGGAAGCUUUCCAAAAAGAAAUUACAAUGCUACCUCUGGUAGGGGUUCUGACAAUUAUUGCAGUGAAGGAUGGUUUGGAAGAUUACUCAAGAUACAAAAUGGAUAAACAGAUAAACAACUUACUAACCAAAGUAUAUAGCAGAUGCAAGCUGACUGAGGAAGUAAUCUUCCACUGUCCUCAUGGGUUCUCAAAUCCUUUCCAUCCUGUUUGGAGGGUGAGGAAGGAGAAGAAAUACAUAGAUGAAUGCUGGAAAAAUGUCAAUGUUGGAGACUUCAUCCGGCUUUCACGUAAUGAAAUCAUUCCUGCUGACAUGGUGCUGUUAUAUUCCAGUGACCUGGAUGGGAUCUGUUACAUUGAAACAGCAGGCCUUGAUGGAGAAACCAAUCUGAAGCAGAGACAGGUGGUGAAAGGAUAUGCAGAGCAGGUCUCUGAAAUUGAUCCAGAGAAAUUUUCCAGUAGAAUAGAGUGUGAAAGUCCUAACAACAACCUCAGUCGAUUCCGAGGCUUUGUUGAGCAUUCAAACAAGGAUCGAGUGGCUCUCAGCAAGGAAAACUUACUCCUGCGAGGAUGCACAGUAAGAAACACAGAAGCUGUUGUAGGCAUAGUGGUUUAUGCAGGUCAUGAAACCAAAGCCAUGCUGAAUAACAACGGCCCUCAUUACAAGCGCAGUAAAUUGGAAAGAAAAGUGAACACUGAUAUUCUUUGGUGUGUUCUACUUCUAAUUUUGAUGUGUUUAACUGGAGCAAUAGGCCAUGGAAUUUGGUUAACCAGGUAUUCGGAAAUACCUUUUAUUAACAUCCCCAAGCCAGAUGGGAAAUCGGUUCCUCCAGUAUUAGCAGGGUUCUAUAUGUUCUGGACGAUGAUAAUUUUAUUACAGGUCUUGAUCCCAGUUUCUCUCUAUGUUUCAAUCGAAAUUGUCAAAUUGGGACAGAUCUAUUUAAUACAGAAUGACAUUGAUUUUUACCAUGAGAAGACAGAUUCAACUAUUCAGUGUCGAGCACUGAAUAUUGCUGAAGACCUUGGCCAGAUUCAAUAUAUCUUCUCUGACAAGACUGGAACCCUCACUGAAAAUAAAAUGGUUUUUCGGAGAUGCAGCAUUGCAGGACAGGAGUAUUGCCAUGAGGAAAAUGCAAAGAGGUUGGAAUCCUAUCAAGAGAUGGAUUCAGAGCACGAGGAUUCGGUUGAUUGUCAGUGUGGCUCUGCAACACAUAUGUCAGAAUGGCAGAGGCACAACUGCAGAGCUGUGUGUGAACCUUUGAACAGAAAGUCUUCGAACCAGUUGUCUGGUAGUUACCCUGCAUUCAUAAGGGAAGAUGGAGCAGGUGGUGGUCCCCACUCAGGACACAUGGCUUUCAGCAGUCCCAUUGAAACGGAUGUUAUACCAGACACACAGCUGCUGGAGAAGUUCAGUCAAAUUUCUUUUCAUUCCUAUCAACAGUCAGAAGAAGCUAGCAGCAAGUUAUCUUUGGAGACAAUGUACAUCACUGACUUCUUUCUUGCUCUGGCAAUCUGUAAUACUGUUGUGGUUUCAGUCCCCCAUCAGCCACGUCAGAAGAUGAGAGUCUCUUCACUGGGUAGGAUGCCUAUUAAAUCGCUUGAGGAUAUCAGGCAAAUGUUCCAGAGGCUGUCAGUCCGGAGACUGAGUUCCUCCCCACUUCCAAGUGUGAAGGAGUCAUCAUCUGAAAGCCCCAAUAGUUUUGUGAGAAAACUGUCUAUUUUCAGAAUGAAACUGGCCUCACCUGCUUUAGAUGGAGCUGCUCAAAGGGCUGGUGAACCUCACAAUACUGACAGCCCAGAAAAUUCCCAAGUGCCUCAGGAACUAGAUAUGGUGAAUGUAGCUGGCUGUGAACCCAACAGUGCUGUGUCAUCUAUUGAGUUAUCUCCCUUACCUAAACUAUGUUAUGAAGCCGAGAGUCCGGAUGAAGCUGCUUUGGUUCACGCUGCCAGGGCUUAUAAAUGCGUUUUACAGUCUAGGACUCCAGAUCAAGUAACUGUGGACUUUGCAGGUCUGGGAUCUUUAACGUUUCAGCUUCUGCAUAUCCUGCCUUUUGAUUCACUGCGGAAAAGGAUGUCAGUGGUGGUUCGGCAUCCGGUCUCCAACAAAGUGGUGGUGUACACAAAAGGCGCAGACUCAGUCAUGAUGGAUUUGUUGAGAACUGCAUCUGAAGCAUGUACUAAUAAUUCAGAAAUUGAAGAGAAGAUUAAAGAGAGAACUCAGCAGCAUUUGGAUGACUAUGCCAGAAGAGGACUGCGCACUCUGUGUAUUGCUAAGAAGGUGAUGAGUGAUGCAGAAUAUGCAGAGUGGUUAAAUCAUCAUUUUUUAGCAGAAACCAGUAUUGACAACAGGGAGAAGCUGCUGCUUGAAUCUGCCACGAGGCUUGAGACAGAACUAACUUUGCUCGGUGCCACUGGCAUUGAAGAUCGCCUGCAGGAGGGUGUUCCGGACACGAUACAGGCAUUACGGAAAGCAGGAAUAAAAAUAUGGAUGCUGACAGGUGACAAGAGAGAGACAGCUGUCAACAUUGCCUAUGCUUGUAAGCUGCUGGAACCAGAUGACAGAAUCUUCAGUCUUAAAUCACAAAGUAGGGAUGUCUGUGCCUUGGUAAUGAGCAAAAUUUUAGAAGACAUCCAGAAGAAUGCUUCUGCCAAAAAAACCCCCAGUCAGAAGCUUGGAAAUGUCUCUACAAGUCCCUCCACCCAAGCUCCAGGGUUCAGUGCAGGCCUGGUUAUUGAUGGAAGGACUUUAGAGCAUGUCCUUCAUGACAGCCUACAGAAUAUUUUCUUGGAACUCACAGAAAAAUGUCGGGCUGUAGUCUGCUGCCAAGCCACACCACUACAGAAGAGUGUCCUGGUCAAGCUGGUGCGAAGUAAGCUAAAGGCAGUGACGUUAGCUGUAGGUGAUGGUGCCAAUGAUGUCAGUAUGAUCCAGGUGGCUGACACUGGUGUAGGAAUAUCGGGCCAAGAAGGCAUGCAGGCUGUGAUGGCAAGUGACUUUGCAAUCUCUCAGUUUAGACACCUCAGGAAGCUGCUGCUUGUCCAUGGUCACUGGUGUUAUACCAGGCUUGCCAACAUGGUGCUUUACUACUUCUACAAGAAUGUGACCUACGUGAACCUCCUAUUUUGGUACCAGUUUUUCUGUGGGUUUUCAGGCACAUCAAUGACUGACUACUGGAUCUUGAUUCUUUUCAAUCUCCUUUUUACAUCGGUGCCACCCAUCAUUUACGGUGUCUUGGACAAAGAUGUAUCUGCAGAGAUACUCAUGCAGCUCCCACAGCUGUACAUGAUGAGCCAGAAAUCUGUGGCUUACGUGCCUUCAACUCUCUGGAUAACCUUGCUGGAUGCUUUUUACCAAAGUCUGGUUUGCUUUUUUGUGCCUUACUUUACUUACUAUGACUCAGACAUAGAUAUUCUUUCUUUUGGAAACCCUAUAAACACAGCAGCGCUCUUCACAAUACUGUUUCACCUUCUCAUUGAGUGCAAGUCUGUGACUUGGAUACAUACAGUAGUUAUAGUUGGCAGCAUCCUGUUUUACUUUAUCUUCACUCUGGCUUUUGGAGCAACCUGCAAAACCCACAACCCACGAUCAAAUUCUUACUGGAUCAUGGAAAAGCACAUAACAGACCCAGUAUUUUACUUAGUUUUCCUCCUGACUACUUGUGUUGCUCUGCUACCCAGAUAUUUUCUGAGAGUUCUCCAAGGAACAUUGUUUCCAUCUCCGUUAUUGAGAGCCAAGCACCUUGACAGACUGACCCUCGAGGGGCAGACAGAAGCAAUUAAGAGAUGGAAAGAUGAGUGCGAUGUGAAUGAUAGAGGGGAGUCCCAAGCUACUUCUGUGUCUUUCAGUUCAGCUGCAGGUGCUGUAUCAGAGGAAGAAACCAUUGACAGUGUUUUGCCGAUAUCUAAAACACCUUUUCAGGCCUGUUCAAGAGAUGGGUUAGUAGAGGACACCUCCUCCUUACUAGACAUUCAGGAUGAUUCUGGGAGUACAAAUGACUUGAACUCUAAAAAGACUGAAUUUCUGAACUUAUCAAAGGAAACUAAUACAGAUACAUUUGGUGGUAUUAAUUCAUGUGCCAAAGUCUCUGUGUGUGCUUCUGAAGUGGGCAGCAGUGCUGUAUCUCCAGCAGAAAAAGCAGGUUUGAAUUCUCUCUUGUGUGAAGAAGAUGCUUUACUCUGUUUUACAAAGUUGGAAUGCUAACUGGUUAAACACAAGAGUAAUAACUGCUGAUUUAUGCUACACUGUGGUUCUGUUUUCUUCAACCAAGGUAGAUGACACACACAUUUCCUUAAAAGCUUUUUUGUUUAUAAAACUUUUCAAUAAUUUAUUAAGAUGUUCAAGAUCUCAGAGGCUGGGUUGUUUUUUAUAUAUCUUCAUACAGUAGACUUUGCAUACUGCUUAUUUCUUGUAUGCAACAUUGCAUAAUACCUAAUGGUAUUGCAUGGAUGCAGAUUUGCAGGAUCCAGUUAAGGUAAGUCAUCCUGCUCUUUUGCAGUGCUACCCUAGAAUCCUGGCAUUCCCUGGGAUUCACCAUUUGCUGAAGUGUGAAGUAAGCAGAAGGGCUGGGAUGUAAUGUUACUGGUUGGCUUGUUUCAAGACUUGUAGUUACUUGUUGCAGUGUGUGUACACAGUAAUUUCUAUAACCAUUAUGGUCCAGUUUGUUCACCAGGCUAUUGCAUGGGCCAUCUCACUGCUGGCCAAACACCUUUUUAACCAUCAGGAGAGCAGCCCAGAAGAGACAUGUGUCAUGUGUGUCCCUCACCUUUCUCUUCACGAAAAGAGCAAAUCCUAGUGCAGUCUUUUGUUCUCUGUGUUAGUUCAUCCUCCUACUGCAUCCCUCCAUUUUGACUCCAUGUACCAUUCCACAUUAUUCGCCACUGACAGGGCUUCUUUUCCUCCUCACCCAAUUCAGAUGUUGACUGCUUGACUUUUCUGUAAACUGCCUCCUGCCUGCACUGCAGAAUUGUCUGGCAGUGGGUAACUCCGGUCUGUCUUCAGGCUUUCUCUUACAGAUAGCAGCUUCCAGCUGAUGAGAUCACUCUUCUUUACUCUCAGGUGUUUUUACAUUCUUCCAGACUUUUAUAAUAAUCAGCUGAAGGGUCUCUAAAGGCUGCUCAGAAGAAGGUAUAGCCGACUGCAUAUCCCACAUCCGAGUGCUGUUGCUCAUCUCCUCUUGGAGGUAGAUGAGUCCUGCCUCUGUCAUUUUCCCACUGCUCAGCACACUGAACAAAGGUGGUUGAGGUACACAUGGCUACUUCUGGAUUCCAGACUAAAAUAUGGCUACCAUUUUACUUCCCUCCAUUUACUUCCCUUUGCCAGUUACAUGGCAGAUUUAUGGAGGAACUUAGGAAAAUUUUUUGUAUCCACUAACACCUGUUGAAAUAAAGAAUUUCCUCAAACUGUAGCUGCUAAUGAAUUAUUAGUAUUGAGCCCAUUUUUUGGUUCUGUUACUUUCUGAAAGUUUCUGCUUUCCAAUUGCCAAGAUUUGUGUUUAUUUUUAGGCACUGUGUUUGGGGCAAGGGCUCUGCUUUUUAAUUGAACCAUGAGCUUUACACAUCAAUGAUCAACAUUACAUAUUCCACAUCUUUUAAGAUCUCUGCAAGAAUUUAAACAAACUCUGUGAGGUCUGAGACAGCUGCUGCUAUGCAGGGCAGAUACUGAGGGCAUGCUAAGUUCAUUCAAAUGCCGGUCACCACAUGUUACCAAAAGUUUAAAACAGUUCUGUUUUCAAAAGGUAAAAUGUAAUUAGGGCUGACUCCAUCCCUAGUGUUAGUGAGGAGAAAAAGAGAAAAAUAACCUUUUUGUUUUUUCUUCUGUAGAAAUAAAAUAGAGGAAGGAGCCAGUGAUGACAGCUAUUUCUGAAUUUUUUUUUUUUUUAAUCUGGUUGAACAUAAGACAAAAUGUUUUGUUAAGUUCUAACAUCAAGUUAGUGGGGACCUUUGAAGUGAUGGCAGACAUUCAAAUUCUAAGAGAUCAUGUCGAGCAUGUUGGUUUGCAGUUAUGUUUUCAGAUGUUUGUCUGUAAUAUCCUUCUUUCUGUGGGGACACCUUGCUAGGAGUGGCCUCCAGUUGUUCAAGUGAAACAUCUCAGCUUUCUCUACAAGCCAUGGGAGCUGCAAGGUGUCCAAAAAGAAGAUGCAAAACAGCCAGCAGGUUGUGCAGGGAGAUGAGCUGAUACAAGGGCAGAAUCAAACAGGAAGAGACUUACUGGGAUGCAGUGAAAUCAUCUACUCUACUGCACAGCCCCAAGGCAAGCUUGGCUCUACCCUUGCAAUUCGUAGCAGAUGUUCUCCUGUUGUAAAGAGCUCCAGAGAAACAGGCCAGGCCAGUGCUUUCCUGCCCUAGAAGUCAAAUACUGGUUUUGUUUCUAUUGUCUGACCUGAAUGAAUCAUCUGCACCUUAAACCUAUGGCACUUGUGUCUACAGGGCAGAUUGUUUUUAUGUUCUGUGAGUCUGUGACUAUGACUGUUGAGCUUUUAUGGAGGAGCUUUGAGACUUAGCAGUGAUCUGAGGGAGUGCAGGGCUCAGCUCUGUCCCCUUCUCUCACUGUGAAAAAGAGUUUGGAGGACAACACUUGGCCUGUGACCUGCCCUCUUAUUGCCUCUGCUGCAGGAGCAGAACCUACCAGCACAUUUGUCAGGUAGAUCAUUUGGAGUCAGGAAUUCACAUGGGUCUUACACAAAAGCUGUAAAUAUUCAGAGUAAGAUCUUCCAAAACCUGUCUGUAAGGAGUUAUCAAAAUAACUACAUGAAGAAAAAUAAAUUGGAGUCAUCUGUCAGCCCUUAGACCAGCUGCAUGAUGCCUCUGGGACAUUUUAAAUUGCUAUUAUGUGACUCUUUACAAGCAUGAUCACCCCACUACUCACAGCUUAGUGCAGGACACAUCUUAAACUGGAUGAAAGCUGAUUUCAUUUGGGUCUCAAAAGUGCCAGGCUCUGUGGGUUACUGUGAAACUUCAGAUACUUUUAAAUGUUUCUCUCUGCUGAGGUUGUGUUUUUGUACCACUUGAAAUGGUGCAAAAUAACACACACUUUUUUUAUUUUGUGUCUUGCAUCGCUGAUGUAUUUGAUACUGCCUGUUGCUUAAAAUUGUCCUCUAUAGGUUGUGUUCUAGUAGAGGACUUUGACAAGCAGUCUGGGUGAUAAAAUUAUCUGUUAUCCGUUGCAUAAAACACUUUUUUGGAGGGUUGGUUUUUUUUUGGUUGGUUGGUAGUUUUUUGGGUGGGAGUUGGUUCAUUGGUUGGUUGGUUGGCUGGUAUUUUUGUGAUGGACAAGCAGCAGAAAUACCUGAGGGCUGUUUGCUGUGAUCACUUGCUGUCUUUUACUGAAGGGAAGAUGAAGGUAGUGAGUCUUUAGUAAAAGCUUCAAAAUGUUAAUUGGCCAUAUCUAAAGUGGUGCCAAAUGAAGGGUGCAAACAAAUUGCUCUCCCUAUACUUCUCAACAGUUCAAUGUUCCCUUUAUUAUUUUUUUUUAGCACUGAAAACAUCAUGAUCCCCUGCUUGCUUCUGCACUCCUGCACUUAGGCACAGCAUGACCUCACUUUUCCAUUUUGAAAACAAGCUUUUUAAGAUCAUCUCACAGGUGCCUUCCAGAUGUCAUGUACAUUUAGGCUUUUGUCCUUUUAAAAUAAACCAAAACAACCACUUUGAAUUGGCCCAAACUUUGAAGCUACACCUAGAGCAGCUUUAACUGCCUUUGUGAUGUGCAAUAUUUGAUUUUUCUUUCACUGCAGCCAUGCCUGUGCUAAACAUUUGCAGGAGGCAGUCAGCCAUUGCCUUUACUGAGCAAGUGUUUUGGCAGCACUGAGGUUUGGUCUGUACCUGGGGCACAAUUUCAGCUGAAUGUUUAGCCCAAGCCAUGUUUUUUCUCAGGCCCACUGUCUGCAGCUCAAGGCUGAGGAGAAGGCAAGGCAGAGUGAGUGCCUGCUGCUCCCACCAUCCCUGGCUCUCUGCGAAGGCUAAUGGGCAAGUCCUGAAUGUGACUGUGUUAAGAUCAUUCUCACAACUGAAUUUCAGUGUGGUUUUUGUAUUAUUUGUUCUUGUUUUAUUCUGGUUGUGUUACUCUUGCCCUCAUGGUCCUGGCUGCCUUACUGCAGUGAAAACAUACAUUUUAACUGUUUUAA